CACACACACACACGCUCUCACACACACAACUGAACGUCGCCAAUGGUCUGCCGGAUCUGAGCCCACACAGAGUGGUGUUACAAGAUGGGAAAUACUCCUUCUCAAGAAACGUGCCUCCUGCCUGCUGAGCCACAGAGCAGCCUUGCUAUUGGAAGCUGUGAAGGAGUGUGUGACCCACUCGCCCACUUACCAGGCUGGAGCACAUGGAGCAGAGAUUUCUCCAUGACUCCUAUGAAACAUGGAUCAUACAACUACAAAACCACCUAUAACCACCCACCUGUUACACAAGAUUCGGACAAGUCCAGCUCGCACAUGAUCUCCGCCGAUGAUGCCGAGUACCCCAGGGAGUACAGGACCCUGGGGAACGGAACCCGGCGCUUCUCCAACGUCGGCCUGGUCCACACCUCCGAGCGGCGGCACACGGUGAUCGCCGCGCAGAGCCUGGAGGCGCUCACUGGCAUGCAGAAGUCGGACAUGGAAAGGAAGAGGGAAGCCUUCCUGGAUCACCUGAAGCACAAGUAUCCUCACCACGCCACUGCGAUUCGCGGGCAACAGGAACGCCUCAGGGAACAGCAGGGCUUCGAGGCUUGGAGUGCCUGUGAGUUCAGGGAUGGAGCGAACAAGAUCGAGGCCAAGUCAAACUACUGGAGUUUCAAGACUCGGAGUCCCAGGCAUUCCCAGAGCCAGCAGUCGGGAUUGGCGGACCAGGCAGCCAAACUACCAUUCGCGUCGGCAGAGUCGUUGGAAACCAUGUCGGAGGCCGAAGUCCCGAUCGGUUUCACCCGGUCGAACCGCUUCCGACAGAGCCUGCCUCUGUCCAGGUCCACCAGUCAGGCCAAGCUCCGAUCGCCAGGAGUGCUGUUCCUCCAGUUUGGUGAUGAAACCCGGAGGGUCCACAUCACUCAUGAAAUCAGCAGCAUGGACACCCUGCACGCCCUGAUCGUCCACAUGUUCCCGCAGAAGCUCACAAUGGGCAUGCUAAAGUCUCCGAAUACUGCAAUCCUCAUCAAGGACGAGACAAGAAACAUCUUUUAUGAGCUGGAAGACGUGAGAGAUAUCCAAGAUCGAAGUAUAAUAAAAAUAUUCAGGAAAGAUCCCAUCUAUGCACCGUAUCCAGCUUCCCAUAUUGCGAAUGGAGAUCUAAGGAGAGAGAUGGUUUACACUUCGAGGGAGUCCUCGCCUACUCGCCGCCUCAGCAGCGUCGCGUCCAGCUCCCCCCAUCUGGUAUCGGCCUCGCCCACGGCUGGGCUGCAGUCCUCAUCCCCCUCCCGGUCCCGGAUGUCGUACAGCGGCGGGCGCCCCCCCUCCUACACCGGGAGCCCCGUUCACCACGCCGAGCGGCUGGGUGGUCUGCCCUCUUCCCAGCCCGUCUCACCUAGCCCCAGUGCCAUCUUGGAGCGCAGGGACGUAAAACCGGACGAAGACAUGAGCAACAAGAACGUGGUCCUGAUGAAGCACGAGAGCUUGUAUGCGGACCCCUACAACAUGGUGCAUGAUGGGCGCUUGAGCAUCGCGUCGACACAGUCACUGGCUGGGCUGCAGGACCCCUUCUCUUACCCCAGUGGUCUUUACCGACGUGGUUCCAUGAGGUCACUUAGCACUUACUCAGCCGCAGGGUUGCACAGUGACCUUGAGGACUCCUUUUACAAGCCGAGCCCGCAGAUUUACAGUGACGGUUACGGCACUGGCCUGGGCUACAGAAUGGCUCCCUCUUCGCCCCAGAAGAUCCCUGACAGCAGAAUGGUGGACGUUCAGCAAGGCCAGAGUCCACACAGUCCGUACUCGGGACCAUCCAGCAGGUCCCCUCCAGUACGCCAGUCAUUCCGGAAGGAUACAGCGACCGCAGUCACCGAGAGCGCGGGGACAAAAUCCCGGAAUGCCAACUCUGCCGUUGCAGUAGAUGUUCUUCCAGGGCCCACGGAGAGGACAGGGGCAACUGAACGGCCGGCAUCUGGCUACAGCUCCCCACUGGCUGUCAACGACCCUGAGACAAGGGAACGAAUGGAGGCCAUGGAGAAGCAGAUCGCUAGUUUGACAGGACUAGUACAAAAUGCACUUUUACGAGGGAAUGAUGGAGAGUCUGCAAGCGAUAAAUCUGAAUCGGUAAAUGACAGCUCAGGCACUGGAACUCUCAGCCCCUCUGUGCGCAGCACCGUUCCCAGCUCAGCAGCAGCCGCCGCCACGUCCGUCAGCCAUCCCACUGCCAUCACCAGGCUCCAGAUGCAGCUCCAUCUACACGACCUCCAGCAGAACGCCAGCGACCUCCGAACCCAACUCCAGCAGCUGCGGAAACUCCAGCUGCAAAGCCAGGACACCAUGAAGCACAUGAUGAAGCGCUUGGAGUCGGAGAUAAGUGUCAGAGUGUCAGAAGCUCUGCGGAAGCAAGAAGACCCUCUCCACCGUCAGCGUGCUCUGGUCGAGGAGGAGAGGCAAAAGUACUUGAAUGAAGAGGAAAUGAUUGUACAACAACUGAACGAUUUAGAGAAGUCGGUGGACGAUUUACAACGGGAUGCGACCUUGAGUCAGCGACUGAUUACGGGGCCGGAACUGGAGGAGAAGGCACUGGUCUUGCGGCAGCUGAGUGAAACCCUCACUGACCUGAAGGCUCAGUUCCCGAGUCUGCAGAGUAAGAUGCGGGUGAUCCUGCGAGUGGAGGUGGAGGCAGUGAAGUUCCUGAAGGAGGAGCCUCACAGACUGGACGUGCUGCUGAAACGGUGCAAGACCAUCACUGAUGCCCUGGCCACACUGAGGAGUUGCUCGCCCUCUGCUUCAACCUAUCCUGGGGAGGUCUACCCAAGACGGUUCAGCAGACAACCAAACGAGGUGCUGAUGAAAGGAGCUGAGGAAUCCACUGCCCCGUCACCAAAGCACACGAGCACGGACACCCACUCCAGGAACUUGGAAUUUGAAAUUCCCACCAGCCCUCCCUUGAAUUUCCAGGAAACGCACGGAACCUCAGCAAAAAGCUGGCAGAGCCACAAUUCCACCCUGGCCCAGUUCUCCCAGAAUUCCCCGGUUCAUGCCGCUCCUCCUCAGAAUUCUGUGGGGCUGGGACAGGGAGCAACCGGCCAAAACAGCUCGGGGGAGGAGACCCCAGCUCCGAGCAAGAGGAACUCGGAUCGGACCAUCUCCGUGGAGGCGGCGGAGAGGGACUGGGAAGAGAAGCGAGGCAGUCUGCCUCCGUUCAGCAACAGGGACAUUAACCGGCUCCUGGAGGAGACCCAAGCUGAGCUGAUGAAGGCCAUCCCCGACCUCGGGUUCGCCAACAAACCAAAAAUGGCCGCCAUGCCCACAGCCGAGCAGAAACAGGCAAAGCCGCAACACGUCCAGAAAGCAGUCACCAAGGCAGAAACCAAUGGUCGCCGACACUCAGAGGAGCUGACGGUCCACAGGUACAGGACCGAGAAACCCUCCAAGUCACCACCUCCACCACCUCCGCGACGUAGCUUCCCCUCGACCCAUGGACUGACCACAGGCCGCACUGGGGAGGUGAUAGUCACAAACAAAAAGGAAGUCACACUCAAGAAAGCCGACUCUGACGAGACCGACACGCAGAGACCACACGUCAAGCUCCGGAGAACCAUGUCGGAGGCGAAACCGCCAUCGACCCCGCCGCCAGUCGUGGCCUCGGCUGUUCGAGAUGACGAGGAUGAAGAGGACAGGAUCAUGGCAGAGUUGGAGAGCGGGGGCCGACUGCCCAUCCCACCCGCCCCGAAACUGAAGCAACAGCAGAGCUGCGAGAAGCUGAAACACAGCAAGCAGCGAGAAGAGUUCCUGAAGCUGCAGAACCAGCCCAGCACCCAGCAGUAAAGUCCAACGCUCUUCCCUCCUCACUCUGUAAUGAUGAUGGGACUUUUUGUGCGCAAGGCUCAGAAGGCUUGCCAGGGUCAGCCUCUCUGACAAGACUGUUCGUCUCUCUGAAUCCUUGUAGAUGACCUCAGUCUAGUGGGUUGGGGUUCUGCCAUUACUGCUGCUAAGGAGCUUGACUCCAGAUCCUGGUACACCUCCCAUUUCUCCUUCUGCUGUCUGUCCCAAAAUUCUCCCAAGCAAUGUUGUUGACCUGACCUUACCUAAAAUGUGCCAUUGCUCCUGCCCAUUGUCCAGUCUCCCAGUGCUGUUUGCUUCCAUACCCACAGCCAGUGCAAUGCAUAUAGGAGCAGUCACUAACCAAAAGCCCCUAUUAACCCUUUCCAUUCCUGCAUCCCUCCCCCCCCCCCCCUCCCUAUUCCUCCCCAAAAUUCUUCUGUUCCUGCCCCUUUUUCUGAAUCCCUGUGACUCGGAAGAGACUUAAAGGAGCAUCAAUUUCGAUAGCUUCAAGCAAUGUGAUCUUCUCUGCAGUCUCUCCCCCCCGCCCCCCGCCCUCUCUCCCCUCUCCCUUCUCCCCCACCUCUCUCCCCUCUCCCCCACCUCUCUCCCCUCCCUUCUCCCCAUCCCUGCGCUUUCCCACCUCCCCUCACGCUCCACCAUCCCUUCUUUUGCUCUCUCCUCCCUGCUCUCUCCUCCCUGCCCCUUCUCUCCUCGCACACUCUGCUCCCCAUAACCCCCGCCCUCACUUCUCUCUCCCCUUCCUCGCUCUCCUGCGCCUUCCCAGCCAUACCAGUCAAGGGGACUGUGCGAAGAGGAAGAUCGAUUCACCGAGAAUGUGUGCUGUGGCACUUCUGCGUCAGCACUUACCAGCCAGUCACCUUCUUUCACUCCAGGAUGCCGAGUGCUGUCAGAGCUGUAGUGUGUUAACUUGUCCAUUAAUAUUGAGAACAGCACAAGCAGUUUACAAGUACAUCACAACAAUAGAUGUGAAAAAUAUUAAAUAUUUGACACGUAACCAAAACUUUGCAUAAAAUUCUCAUCACUUAACAUGUUCUAAUGAUUUGACUUUAGCUUCUGAAUAAGUAUAAGUAUAUCUCUUGCAUUUUAUCUUGUAUUUGUUAUCUGUUGCAUGGUGAUCAGUUCUGGGAGAUGGUUGUUGUUGGUUCCACCAUUUAAUAAAGGUGCACAGCCGAGCCUUCACUUCAUCCGCACUCUUCACUAGAGGGCAGAAUUGUCAGCUUUAGCUUUCUACUGUGUUCCAGAACAUUGGGCAGGUUAUGAUGUACUUGUGGAAGUGGAGGGGUGGAACCCAGUCUUUAGUUGCCCUGCCUCAGAGUCUGAACGCACUUUCGUUUUAAUGAAUCAGGAGCCCUCCUGCCGCUGGUUUGAGAGCACCUGCACUUGUUGUGUGAGCGAGCUGUAGCCGGCCUCUUCCCACAGCUGCCCUCAAUCUCUCAAGUUUGCACAAGUUGCCCCCUCAUCACUAGUGUCUGUAUUAGGAUGAAAUUUAUUUUGUAAAUUAAAGAUUUAGCACAAUAUGGUAAUAACUCUAAUGAACCACUCAGAUCUAGAAUGUACAGUGUAAAAUAAUUGAGGGCUCUUUAAUUUGCCUUUCUCCCUGUCUUCCUGUCGUUUUCAUUCUUCCUAAUAUUUUCACUCGUUCAAAGCCUUUUACCCAUUCUCUCCUGCCCUUAUUCUGUCUUCCUGCUUCCCGCCCUGCUCACACACUCUCCCCCGUUUUCAGCUGGUAUAACACAUUAUGGCUCUGAAAUGCAGUUUGUAUCUUGAUGUUGAUUUAAAACCAGCCCACAGUGACUUCCAGUCCUGCUCAGUGGUUGUAUUUGUAUAGUGGCUGAAGCACAUAAAACUGGAUAACUUUACCGUAAAAUAGUUUUAAAAAAACACAAAAACAAUAUUUACAAAAGCACAGGAUUUAAAAAAAAUAGAGUAUGAAGAAUGAUUUAUUUCUGUUAAAUCAAUAUCUAGAGUGCAGAGUAUUUAUCACUGGCAGAGUCAAUGUAUUCACUUAUUCUUUUUGUAUAUUGUCUUAAAUAGUUUUUGUACAAAGAAUCGUAUUCACAAAGCAAUUAAUUGGAAUUGCAGUAAGUUUCUUUACAUUUUAAGUGAAGUCUUUUAACACUUUGUAUUGAGUUUGUGUGAAUUGUAUCCGACUGCUUUUGUGUAAGACUAUUCCUGUUUGAAUGUGGCUUGUGAGGAAGGGUAUGGUUCUGUGGACUUGCACCACUGAGUUCUCACUCACAGCUGGACUUUCUCCGGACAAACUCACAGGGACCAGCACAUGCUCCCCUCGCUGAUUCUGUUAAAACAAAACCUCCUCUUAGAGCUGAGAAAGAUCUUUCUGUGAUGAACUUUAAUUGAAAGGUUUUUCUGCUCCAAGUCUGGGAGUGGGACUUAUAUUUUCAGUUCCAAUAUUUGCUUUGUCAAUGGAAAAUCAAUUGACUGUCUUCUGUCUAUACUUCAGGAGAUGGAGAAUUAAUUGAAGACUGUGUCCCUUGUUGACUGUUUUAUAUUCCCAGGCAUGCAAUGCAGGGAUGAACAGUCCCCUCACUCACUGUCCCUGUGACUGGUGAUAACAAGGUCCUGCUGAUGAGAGAAGCAUUUCCUCUUCCAUAUUCCAAAUGAGAAUUAAUGCAAUAUCUGUUUUACUUGUUAUUCUCUGUGCCUACAACCCUUGUGAAAUGUGUUCAACCGUGCGAGUGAAAGAUAACACAAUCCUACCAGGUGGCCGAGUAUUUACUGAUUAAAAUUCGAUCCAUUAGCCCUAAUCAAUUCAUUCAUGGAUCUGCUUAGCUCAGUGGGAGUUCCAUGGUUUCUGCAAGGUUUGGUUCCUUCACCAAAUGCUUGCAAACCUUUAUCCUGGGGAGAAAAGAGCAUUUAGUACCAGGGAAAAUAAAGCAUCUUUAUUAAAAUUGUACUAUGAUGGAAUAAUUAAAUGAUAUAUAGCAGUUCUGAAAUGUUAGCCCAAAAGAUUAGAUCUUUUUAUCUUUUCAAACAACUGCUAAUGAUUGCUCAGGGGAAGGGUGUAGGGACAGAGAGAUGGCUGCUUCCACUUUAACAAUCAUUACAUUACCAAGCUGUUCAAACCACACUGCAAUAGCUUACAAUUGGAAAUUGACUGGUUAUGACUAAUGCAGAAGGUAAACAGGGCAGUUCAAGUUGAGGAGGUUUUUCAUUCUAAAUAUCCAACACUGGAGAAGCAGUAUGGGCUCUCUCCCACUGAAAACUCUCUCGGCUUUAUUCCAGCAAGAUGUGCUUCCUGGAGUGUCAGGCAGCCCUGUUUGUCAGUGUUGUGUCAAUAGCAGCACCAGUAGAACUACAGAAAUAACUAGAGACAAGGGGAUUCCUCAUGGCACAAAUCUGAUUGCUGAUUCUGGAUUCAAAAAUAUACGGCGCACUGUUUCCCUGCACUGAUAUUUCCUAGUUUGAACAUAAGAAAUUCACUUCACCCUGAGAAUAUUUAAAAUCAUUUAAAAUCACAGUCAAAGGAAAACUAGUCAAAAAUUAUAUUUUUGAACGUUCUCUUCCUUCGCUGAGACAGAGACAGUAAAUUCAAACCUUAGCACAAUCACAAGCCAAUGAAAUGUGAGGACAUCACAUGGUAUCUUCACACUUGCUGCUUAAAUUGUUUAAGACUGAAUAUGCUGGGAACGUCUGUCUGCUCGGGACUUUACCCUUCCUCAUUUGAUUAAAAGGCAAUGAUUGUUUCAAGAUGUAUAUAAAGUGUGUGUUUAGAAGAAAAAGUUUAAAAAAUUCUAUUUAAGCAAAAUGUAAAAGUGAAAAAAUAUAAAAUGCCUUUUUUUUGCCUUUUUUAUGCAUUAAUUUUUUUUUACAUGAAUGUGACAUUUUUCAUAGUUUCCUGAACAAUGUGUCAGCAAUCAUAUAAAACAUUGCAAACUCCACAUUAUUCCUGCUUUAAAAUAAUAAAAAGGUUCUGAAUAAUAUGCAUGUAUUUGCUAAGAAACUGCACGAUGCAUCUAGAUUAGUGUCUGUUUGUGAAUCUUCUAAUCUAAAGAAAUAAAGAAUGUGAAAAUCUGGAUACAAUAGGAACAUUUUUGUUUAUAGACUGUGCUUAUUUUUUUCUCCUGAUGCAUGGAGCGUUACUGAUUUUAUCAGUAAGAGCUGUGAUUGGUUAUUGUAUUGAACAUAUCGACAGAGUUUUUGUAAGAGGAGACCUUCCAUUUGUAGAGUAGUGAGAUGUGUACUGAGAGUUGAUGCCAUGACAAUCUGUAAUUAAUGUGGUUUCUGUGAAAAGAUGAAAUAAAGGGAUUGCAUUUUUGUAAAGGUA